CGUCCUUAUGAGGGGGUGUCCUUUGAGCCCUGCCUGACCACACCCCCUACUUCCUCAGAACCAAGUUACUACUUUGUGUCCCACAGACCCUGGAAGGCAUCUCUGCAGGUCUGGACCAGGAAUCCUUCCUGUGUCAGUGCUUUCCAGUGGGGCCUUCAGUCCUCUGGCAAGACAAGAUUAGAUGCACCCCGGUUGGAAACAAAGUCUCUGAGCAGCUCUGUGUUACCACCCAGCUAUGCUUCAGAUCGCCUGUCAGGAAACAACAGGGACCCUGCUCUGAAACCCAAGCGGUCCCACCGCAAGGCAGACCCUGAUGCUGCCCACAGGCCACGGAUCCUGGAGAUGGACAAGGAGGAGAACCGGCGCUCAGUGCUAAUGCCCACACACCGGCGGAGGGGUAGCUUCAGCUCUGAGAAUUACUGGCGCAAGUCCUAUGAGUCUGCCGAGGACUGCUCAGAGGCGGCAGGCAGCCCUGCCCGAAAGGUGAAGAUGCGGAGGCACUGAGGCCUGCCCGCCACCCUCCUGGGAACUCUGGCUAAUCCUCACGUAGCUGCCCCUCCUUUUGUUUUGUUUUGAAGGUUUUGUUUUUGUUUUUUUGAUCCUAUAUAUUUUUCCUUGGUUUGUUGCCUGUUAAGGCUGAAGAACAGAAUUGGCCAGGACUUGGGUUCUCAUGUUCUUGGUUUUCCUCCUGGACGGAAAGGCUGUUGGCAUCUGUAGAAGGACAGAGGCUCACACUGGAGUGGCCAGUAGAGAUGUGGGGGGCAGCUAUCUUCAGGUGGGGCUGUAUCAGGCUGGAUUUAUUUAAACAACACAGUGUUUUGGUUAAGAAAAUUCUUUUGCUUUCAGUGUAAAUCUUAGCAGUGUUCUAAACAGAGUUCAGUCUCUUGCCCACCCCUUUCCUCCACUGAUGUCUGCGCUUGGUUGGGGUCUCUUGGAGCCUUGUGGGCUCCACCUGGGGCCUGCUGUCCUCCACUUCUCGCCUGUGCACCAUGCCCUGGAAGCUCAUGCAAACACUCUUUCUUCCUCCUGCAGCAGAGUUGUUCAGGUUGGCUAGGUGGGCCUUAAAACAGUGCCAGCCCUGCCACCCCAAAGCUAUUGCUGAGCCUCCUGGGCUUCCUCCAUGCCCACUGGCGGCCUCUGCCACAGUUCUUUAGGCUGCUGAGGGGCUAGCACAGUCUGACCUCUCUUGCCAAGAGCACACCAUUUUUUUGGGUUGCUCCUUUCAAGCAUAUGCGUGUGAUUGUAUGGGACAGUUAGACUUGCGAUGUUGGGUCAGUUUUAGGAAUUGUUUCUAGCUAGGGAGACUGGUAUCCUUCCAAGUCUAGAAUUUGGAGUAUGGAAAAUUGUUGUGGUGUGUGGUAGUGUUUCUGUUUUCUUUUGUUUUGAGUUUUUAUUUUUUCCUUUGGUCUCCUGGCUUUUUCCUUUCCCUUUCCUUCCUCUUCAUUGGCCAGCUUGGACCUCCUCCCCAUGUCAUCCCUCUAGGAAGGUGCCUGUCCCUUCUGUCCGCCUGCAGCAUGCAUCCAAGGCCAGAGUGCAGGCCUGCAGACUGGGUCAGUGCCUCCUCCGCCUCAGGGGCAUGGGAGCUGGGAUAGGCGCUUUUAAAAAAUAAUAAAAGGAAAAAAAAGUAAAGUCUUUGGCAGUUUCUACACACUCAGAUUCUGGAAGGCUGCAUGGUCUUGCUGAUCUAGAUUUAUUAGGAAUGUCUUCUUGCCAGCCAGGCUAGGUCCCGGACUUGCCGAGAGCGGAGGCCCUCCCAGCAACCGGGCUACCACCACUCCAGGGGGCUUUGUGUACAGAGGCCUGGGCCUGAAGCCUUAGAGGCUGCAGCAAUCUGGGGCAGCCACCAUCAAGAAGCCCCUCUCAGGGGCCAGAACUCCUUUGCCAGCGUGGAUUCCUCAAUUCAGAACUGCAUAAUGAAAGCAGUUGCAGUUUUAUUUUUUUUACAGCUUUUUUCCCAAAAAUGAUUUGUAGUUGUGUGUGCAGCACUUUGCCCUGAUAUGUGUGCUCUACAAUAAAAACCAAAUCUAAUAUAUUUUGAAA